GGAUUGUACGGCACUGCAAAGAGAGGAAGGCGUCUUCCGAAGGCCCUUUCGGCUUCGACAGAUAGCGACAAGGAAGUAAAUCCAACACAUUUUUUGUAACAUAGUUUUGUGCAUUUUCUCAAACGCUGUAUAUCAUGGCAGAAGACACAGAAUUGGAGAAACGGGCAGUGGAGGAGUUACUGAAGGAGGCCAACAGAGCUCGGGUACGAGCGGAGACCAUGGGCCCUGCAGGCUGGAUGAAGUGUCCUCUACGCAGCACCAACAAGCGUUUCCUCCUAAACACCCUCCGCAAUUCGGGUUCGCAACAGCAUCGCCACUCCAACUCACCGUCGCGUGAGAGUCAAAGGUCAAAGAGCACGGCCCCCAGGAGAACCCCGCCUGCAGAUCCCAGAGCCGAAAGCGACCGUGCGGACCGGAGGAACAGCAGCCACCAAGUCAAAGACAGAGAAGACAAACGGAAAGACUGCCGUUAUCACCACCACAGAGAGGCUCUUCCUAAAGCACACACUAGAGAACCUCCAUCUGAGGGAAUUUCAUCCCAGAGAAGUCGCUACGUGUCCAGGGAUUACAGUGACUCUCACGGUGGUGUCUACUCCGCCCACUCUUACCGUUCCCCCCGGUCAGGCCAUGCCUCUAAGGGCCCCCGCCAGCGCUCCCGGUCGCCAGUCAAGGACUCACCUCGUGGGAGGGCCCAUCGCUUCUGACGUCACUUAUUCCGUCUCACACAUGGACAACUUUUACUAACUUGGGGCAGAAAGCAGGCCUACAGACCACUCACUCACUGGCAGAGAGAUCAAAUACAGGAAGAAAAGAUUAAUUGAGACAGGAGAAUGAGAAGGAGGUAUAAGGGAACAUUCACCUAUGUCUCAGGAAAGCACCUAAACAUUUAAUGGAUAAAUACUGUUCCACUUUCUUUUUUACAAAUGUUCUCUUAUUAGAUAUAUUUAAAUAAUGUCGGACUGGCGGUGUUUGUGGUUUUAAGAUAUCUGUAAAUGAUUUGUUUAUUAAAGCCAAGUCAACAGUAAUCAGGAAGUAAACAGUUUGAGGUCCAGUGUUUUAAUGUGUAUUUCAUAUUACAUUGUAUCAUAUUAGGACACAGUGCAUAGUGAGUUCCUUAGUCUUCUCAUAUACAUUUUUUAUGUUUUUUGAUCAAUUGUUACAAGACCCUAAAAAAAGUUAAUAGCACUUAUUUAGUAGCCUACUUUUUGUCAUUUUGUUGUUGUGCAGUAAUUUUUAAGGUAUUAGUAGUAAUUUUACACAAUUACACAGUUGCUUGAAAAUGGUUUCAGGAUUUUUUUUCUAAACUAAAACGAGUUUGAUUUCAAUUAUAAAGUCGUUAGCAUUCUUUUGUCAUUACUAGCCGUUAGUAAUGUUUGCAUAAGCUAUGGCUGUCGCCAGUAGGUAAGCAGUUUUAUCAUGUCUCCCUCUUUUUGACAUCUAUAUGCACUUUAUCAGAAACGGCUUUGUUUGUGAAUAAGGAGAAUAAGGUGCCGUAUCAUUGGCACUCCUUAGGUUCCUUAGUUCCUUUUUAUUGCAGUGCUGGGAAAACAUUGGAUGAUUUAAUAAAAAAUAACAUGUUCACCUCAAA